AUGAUUAAGGCACUUUUCACCGCCCUGCUUCUCCCUUUGUCGGUGUUGGCGAAGGAUGCCCCUGAACCUGGCCCAGAUGGGAAAUAUACUCUGACCGCUCCUGGGAUUACCGCUAAAUUCGUGGCCUACUCCGCCGCAAUCACCAAUCUCAUCGUGAAGGACCGCAAUGGAGUUGACCGCGAUAUCAUUCUUGGGUACGACAAUGCGUCCUUCUAUCCCGUAGAUCCCAACCACCCCGACUACGGCGCCGUGCCAGGACGAUAUGUCAACCGCAUUGCAAACCACACCUAUGAGUUAGACGGUACGCGGUACUUCACCGAAGCAAAUGACGGGAAUGGAACCCUCCAUAGCGGCCUCAAUGGCUGGUCUCGCCGGACUUGGAACGUCUCUGAAGUUACAGAAACCAGCAUCACAUUUACCAUCCGGGAUGAGAACAAUUCCUCCGCAGGCAUGCCAGGUCUGGUGCUUGGAACUGUCACGCACUCAGUCAGUGCCAAUAGCUGGAGCACCAAACUCAAAGCCAAAGCAGUGGACCACCGCACCCCAAUCAUGUUGACCACACACCCGUAUUGGAAUCUCGAUGCGUUCGCAAAUCCAGACACCGAUCUCGUUCUAAACCACACACUUAGUCUGCCUUUCGGCGCCAGAAUGAUUGGUAUCGACCCCAACACGCAAUCAACUGGCGAUCUCCCCAAGGUCGCGAAGGGAAGCAUUAAUGACUUCUGGUCCAAGCCUAAGCAGCUAGGAGCUAGCAUUAAUGAUCCAGCGUGGGUCGGAAAUUGCGGAACUGCGUCUGGCUGCAGUGGGUAUAACAACCAGUGGAUCGUGGACCGCGAGGCUGCCGAUGAAGACAAGCCAAUUGCAAGCCUGUCUAGUGACUGGAGCGGUAUUAAGUGGGAUUUGCACAGUGACCAGGCUGGUGUUGUAGUCUACUCGUGCUACUGGAUGGGAGGCGUCAACGAGUUGAAGGCUUCUCAAGGAGGCAAGGCAACAAAUGGCUUUGUGCAGCGCAAUGGUUGUGUUGCGGUUGAGCCACAAGAUUGGGUUGAUGGUAUUAAUCACCCAGAAUGGAAGAGAUUGGAUAAGCAGAUCUAUGGACCUGAUACCGGUCCUUUUGAAAGCUCCAUUUCUUAUAAGUUCAGCACCAUCAAAUAG